ACGCACGGCGAGAGAUAUUUUGGGCGGUCUCUCGCUGUCGGCGGCGUGGCGACUUAUCUCACCGACAAGGGCUUCUAUGUAAACUGAGGCAAAACUAAAACAGAUGAAACUCAGAGCACAUUCACAAAAAAUGCUGCCAAUUUUGAUGGCUCCAGAAGACGCGGAAUCCACGGGAGAAACACGCGCCUGCACAUGCGGUCUAUUCUUUAUUUGAGUUAUUUAAAGUAAGCCUGUCGAUGCUUGUAAUCAGAGUACUACAUUGCAUAGUGAUUUGUCUGGCUAUAUUUUAUUGAUUAGGUUACAAUAUAAUAUUAUUAUACUUUUGCGCGAUAUUAAGGCAGUGCUGUCGGUUUUCAAUAGUCCCUUUUUUUGUGUAGAAAUGAGGAAUCCACAUCUACUCAGCGAUGGCUGGAAGACAAUCAAUGCAAAGGAUUCAACUGGGAAUAAAAAGUUUAAACGGAAAGGUCGGGACCCCAAACGUGUCACCAGUGAUGAAGUCAAACAUUUCCAAUAUGAUUCAAUAAUGGACGACGAUUCUAUGGGGGAACUGAUGGAAGAGACAUGUAGAAACAUUGUAAAAAAAAGACUACAGGACCCUGGUUCAGUUCUAUCUGUGGAGAAAUCCAUUAUUUCAUCUGGAAACCCGAAUACUGCUCUUGACAUGAGGAUAAAUGCUUUACCAUCAACAGUUACUGGGAAGCUCCCAUCAUCACAGUCACAGCCUUCAUCCGAGUCAACACCGACAAGCAGAGACUCUUUUCUCAGCACAUUCCCGCAUGUUACAAGUUAUGGCCAUCAACAGUCAUUUGGGACUGAUCACACAUUACAGUCCCGGAUCGUCCUGUGCCAGCGCUCCGAGAAGUCCCUCUCCUCGGCCUCUCAGACAGCCUACAUCAAUAGCAGCGACCCGGUUGAAUCGCCAAAGAAACGGCUAGGAGAAACGUCUGGCGUCGUCACUGAGAUCAAAGCCGUUCAGCAGACACGGAGGCUACUGGCGAAUGCCAGAGAGAGGACCCGGGUGCAUACCAUCAGUGCAGCCUUUGAGGCGCUGAGAAAGCAGGUGCCCUGCUACUCCUAUGGACAGAAGUUGUCAAAGCUGGCUAUAUUAAGAAUCGCCUGUAACUACAUCCUGUCGCUAGCUCAGCUGGCAGACCUGGACUACACCCCAGAUCACGGCAACAUGAGCUUCAGAGAGUGCGUGGAGCAGUGCACCCGCACCCUGCAGGCCGAGGGACGCUCCAAGAAGAGAAAGGAGUAAAAUUCUCACAGCAUCGGUGGCGUGAGCCAGGCUUUAUAACAAGGCCCUUGAACAAAAGAAAUUCUUUACAGCUCUGUUAUUGAGGUUGUUCAAGGUCACUCCUGGGGGAGACUACAACCAAUCACUUGGACAUACAGUAUGAUGGACCUAAUUUCAUAGGCCUACUUGAUACCUGUUGAGCUAGCAGAAAUAUCAAGAAUCUCCAGUUAUGGAUAUGUUUCUGCCCGUUGUGAGUUGGAAUGAAUCUCAUUCGCUUGAUGUUUGAACAGUUAAAAGAGGGAGACAGCAUUGAUGUUCUUUAAGCAAACAAGAAAACAUGUCUGGUGGAUGAAAUCAGAUUGUUCAAUCAUAUGACAAUUGGAGGCAGAGACAGCAGUGACUAUAACCAUUCAUAACAGUGAUUAUAACAGUUUUAUUCAACUAUGAACCCCGAUGCCUUUUCAAUGACAUACAGGUUGUUGUUUUUCUUUAUAGUAUGAUUGGUCAUUUCUGCUUGAUGGAAGCUAACUAGUGAAAGCUCUAGUAACAUAUAUUUGAUUACAAGAUAACUUAAAAUGACAUAGCAAUGGUAUUUUAUUCAGCAACUGUUUUUAUGUGUUGAAAUAUGAAUUAAGUUACAUGGGUUAUUGUCUGCUACCUGAGCUCAGUAUUUUAAAAUAUCCCAGAUUGACACAUUUAAAAGUGACCUCCCUUUCAGCUGGCCUUUUCUAAUGACAAAUCUCUGACUGUUGUGUGCUAAUCAAGCACUUUUUAACCAAAAAUAAAGGAACUGUUGUUAAUUUA